AACCACUACCAACAACAACAGAACAAUCCCCAAUCACCAGUUUUGUCAGAGCGUAGUCCUGAGGAAUUGUUCUCUCGUUGUAGAGAACUUCUACGUGUCGGCCUCGAGGAUGGUUUGGAUUCUGAUCUAUUUGUUAGCUCAUCUGAGAACUCAGAAGCUGAGGAGUCUUUAGGAAAUGGACAUAUACAAAAUACUAGAAAAGGAAAGGAAGAAGAAGCGAGUCAAGAAACUUUUACUUUAGCCGGUGGGUUGAGAUCUCUUCUAAGUCGGUUGAGUACAGGCGAUAGCAUCGAUUUAGAUGAGACGCGGAACAAUCAAAACCAUCCUAUUUUCUCCAGUUGGCGAAAACCCGAGUCCAAAACAAACGAACAUCAGUUGCCCUUUAUCGGAAGAAAGCCAGAUGAUGAAGGUGAGAAAGAAGCAGGAGAUGAGGAUGACGAAGUUGAAGAAGAAAAUGACGACGAGACAGAAGCAGAAGACGAGGAUGAAGAGGCCGCAGAGGAAGAAGAAAAUGAGGGGAUUGAUGAAGAGGAAGUGGACAUCGACUGUGAGGUUAACGUUACUGCUGGAGCCGUUGGCGACGAGAGUGAUGGGGAUCUGGGUGAUGAAGAUGUGGGAGCAGCAGUUGGAGACGAGGAAGAGGAGGAAGAAGUUGAUAAUGCUGACGACCCAAACAUGCACCUCGGAUCUGCUGGUAUCGGUGGUGAUUAUGACUAUAUUUCAGACAUGACUGCAUAUGCCACUACUGAUAAAGAAACCUUAGUUAAGCCAAAGCCGGAGCAGGAUAAGAUCGAAGGGCCAAUCGCUAAUACAUAUUCGGAGACAUUUACCUUCUCGCGGGAUCGUUGCCUUCGUAGCUUGCCUAACACAGACCAAGAUUUAUGCCUUGAUUCCGAAGAGUUUGAAGAAUACGACGGUGGGGAUGCAGACGAAAUAUAG